CAACAACAGCAACAACAACAGCAACAUCAUCAGCAACAACAACAACAGCAACAGCAACAACACCAACAACAACAACAGCAACAACACCAACAACAACAACUCUCGCAGACUAAGACUCCUCAACAAGAACAAGGUUCAGGGGCUAGUCCAACUGUGCAGGGUAUGUAUAGUACACCUCAGGCCCAUGUCGCUAAUGGCACUCCACAGGCAUCCGGGAUGUCUCUUACCGGACAGAUGCCGGGCAAUGCAAACAGACCACAGUCACAGAGUAUGUACCACGCUCAGAUGCUGUCGCAACAACAACAAGCACAGAAGCUACAGGGUCAAGGUAUGUAUCCAGGGCAGACACAAGGAGGCCAGAGCCAGCUAACUACAGGCGCACCGAUGAUGCACGCUGGUAGUAUGACACCCGGAAGACCUCAGCAGAUGCAGCACCAGGGACAACCGCAACAGCAACCACAACCGCAACCGCAAUCGCAAAGCCAGUCUGAACCGCAAACACAAACCCAGAAAACCCAGUCACACCAACUACAACCACAAGCACAACAACAGGGGCCGAUGUACACACAGCAGCAACGAGAGGAGGCGCUUUCUCAGCAGAACGAGCGCACGCGAUGUGAUAAAUUACUCGAGACAUUUAACGAGGAAGUCCGGAGUAUGCAAGAAAUGCUGGCGCAAGGCAACCUCGCGCCGGCUCGGGUGAAGGUGAUCAACGACUCUAUUCGCGAUAAGAAGAAUAUGGCUGUGUCACUUCGGCAACGGUUGGCGAACCUUAAGAAGCAGCAGGAAGCUGUGGGGGGUGGUGUACAGAUUGCGAGGAUGGGUAGUGAAGCGGGUGGGAAUGAUAUGCACAGUAUGGCUCAGGGGUCAUAUGACAUGCAGGGCCAAGCAACACAGGGGAAUAAUCAAACACAGCAACAGCAACAGCAACAGCAACAGCAACAGCAACAGCAGCAGCAACAGCAACAGCAACAGCAACAGAAUCAGCAACAACAACAACAGCAACAACAACAGCACCAACAGCAGCAACAACAGCAGCAACAGCAGCAGCAACAACGGCAACAACAACAACAACAACAACAGCAGGCUAGGUUUGGUGGCGGAACACCCACACCCGGAAUGACGGGAUACAUGAACGCACCGAAUACCAGUACUCUCAAUAUGGAUACCAACCAACAGCUGCAGAACCGUGGACAAGGGCAAGGUAUGCCAGCACACGGUCAGAGACCACCGUUCUCGCCAACGGGGUUCUACGACUCGCUAUCACCUAUGUCAAGCGGGAUGGGGACGCAAGUAAACAGGGUUGAUAGUCCGUCCAAGAAAAAACGGGGCAGGCCGAAGAAAAAACCCGGGGACCCUGUGUCCAAGCAUAUGAAUCCCAAGAAGAAGAAGGAUGGCACUAAGGCCUCGAAAGCGGGCGGUAAGAAAAAUGGGGACAGUAAGAAACAGGAGCCACCAACACAGCAGCAGAGCAGUGCGAUGGGGACGCCGGGUGGCGUAUCGGAAGUUAAAGCGGAUUCAGUGGUGAAUGCCGGUGCUUAUCAGGCCCAGGGCGGGCAGAUGGGGCUAAACAGUGGGUCAGGGGUGUACAUGAACAGUAAUAAUAGUUAUAAUAGUGAUAGUAAAGGCAGCAACGACCUGCCGCAGGCUCAGCAGCAACAGCAACAUAGGCAGAUGCAGAUACAGUUGCAAAUGCAGCAACACCACCAACAGUACGCCCAACAAGGUAUAUACUCGUAUCAACAACAGCAGCAACACCAACAAUUCCAAUCCCAGCAGCAGCAGCUGCAACAGCAACACCAGCAACACCACCAACAACAACACCAACCAGGAACCCCACAAUCGAUGCAACAGGGUCCGCCACAGGCACAAACACCGCACAAUCCAGCGAUGCACGGACAGCAGGGCCAGGGGUUCAAUCAGCAACAGCCCAUAUCGAAAGCGAAUAUAGUCCAGAUGCAAAACAGCCAGGUGGACGUGCAGAAACUAUUUUCAGGCCCGGGCACACCCUCUGCGAAUCAGCAACAGGAAGCCGGCAUGAUGGCAGCAACCGCGCUCAAGGCCAAAGCGGUUGCCGAAGCUGCUAAAGCCAAGGCAGCCGCGGAUGCGGCCAGGCUGAAGCUAGAACGAGAGGCCAAGGAGAAAGCUCAGCGCGAAGCAGAGGCUAGGGCAGUUGAAGCUCGCCUGCGCAAGGAAGCCGAAGACGCACGCCUGGCGGCUAUAGCCGAGAAGCAACGUCUCAAGGAGGAGGCUGAGCGUGCUGCGUUGGUCGAGAGAGAGGCGAAAGAGGCUGAGGAACGCAGGAAACGGCUCAAGCAGACCAGGGCCAGGGCGGGGGCGGUGUUAGGCGAGGAAGUACUGGGGAUUAUCAACCCCAGUGAGGAGAUGCUCAAUACGCCGUUCACGUCGUACACAGACUGUUUCAAUCGUCUCAAAACGUACACUCUAGCCAAUCACGAGCCGCGACUGCCGACGCAAGAAGACAAAAAAUAUAUGAGUGUAUGCAUAGAUGAGUUGUACGCUUGGGAGAGGAGGUUACACGGAAGGUUAGACGCAAACCUUAGCAUACGGGCACGGAGGAAGCAGCAACUGGGAGAAGAAGUUGGUCUGAAGGUCAUUAUGGUGGGCGAAGAGCUUGAGGACGGAUAUGAUAUGAAGCUCACUAUCACACAAACCAAAAAAAUAUAG